AUGGAGGGCAUCACCACGGAGGCUCGCUUCGUUUUGCCGCAGCCGGAGAACUUCUUNGAUGAAGAUGGCAAUGAAGAGGAAGAGGAGGUAUCACAGCAGCCUGUUGAUGAAACGUCCUCAUCCUCCUCCUCAAUUUCUCUGUACAAAGACAUCGAGGGGAUGGGAAACGUAGUCCUGGUGCAAAAGGCGAAUGCUGCUGAAGAAGUUUCUGCUGAGCUGCUCGGCAUCUUGCCAAACGCCAAAUCUUCAGGAGCUCCUAUUUCUAUGGCAGAAGAGGAGGAGGAGGAGGUGGAUGAGGUGAACGCCUUGCUGGCCUUGGCUCCCAGCAACAACAAAAGCAACAAAAGCAGCGGCAACAACAGCGAGUCCAGCGAGUCUGGCGACGAUCUGCUCUCCGCAGAUGACAUGCUGUCCGCCGAUAAGGCGCACCUGCUCAACUUUCCCAAGCUGACCUUCAAAGUGAAGACUUUGGGCAACAAAAAGGCUGCUGCUGCUGAAGAAGGUGAUGCUUUGCAGGUUAAGGCUGAGAAGAUCGGUGGAGCUUCAGAAGAAGAGUUCGAAGGUGACGAAGACGAGGAAGACGAGACCGCGAUCACCGCCGAGUCCGCGGAGGAGCUGGAGUCGGGCCCGAGCUCGAGCUCCUGCUCGGCGCUGAUCACCUCGUACACUACCUCCUCUACAACUUCCACCACCACCACCUCCACCGCUUGA